UGAACUCUCGCGAUAUUACCGUGCAGGGCUGCGCGUGGCUCAGUAUGGCAGCUGUAGUGCUAACACAGUGCCGAGGAGCUGCUCGGUGUUAUGGAGCCGUUCACUGUGUUUUAACGACACGGUCACAGGGAGUCAGACAGAAGUCCAGUGCUGUACAGUACGUUUCCCGGCCGGAUCUCCCCAAACUGGCGUACCGUAGAGUGAAGGGAAAGAGUCCGGGUGUGAUGUUCCUGCCUGGCUACGGCUCCAACAUGAACGGACCGAAAGCAGAAGCUCUAGAGGAAUUCUGCAGGUCUUUAGGUCAUUCGUAUGUGAGGUUUGAUUAUUCCGGUCAUGGAGCCUCAGAAGGUGUUUUCUCAGAGGGAACGAUUGGAAGCUGGAAGAAGGACGUUCUCUUUAUGAUGGAUGAAGUUGCAGAAGGACCUCAGAUUCUUGUGGGCUCAAGCAUGGGCGGCUGGCUGAUGCUGCUCGCCGCUAUCGCUCGCCCCGAGAAGACCAAAGCCCUGGUGGGCAUUUCAACAGCAGCCGAUCAUUUCGUCACAGAGUUUAAAUCACUUCCUCUACAGACAAGAAAGGAGUUUGAAGAACAGGGCGUGUGGAAGUUCCCGACCAAAUGCAACGAGGAAGGUGUGUACACUGUUAGCAUGGACUUGCUGAAGGAAGCAGAGAACCACUGCGUGCUACAGAGCCCCAUCCCUAUCACGUGCCCAGUGCGUCUCAUCCACGGCCUGAAGGACGAAGACGUACCUUGGCACAUCUCCAUGCAGGUUGCCGAGCGAGUCCUGAGCAACGACGUGGACGUCAUCCUCCGGCGCCAAGGGCAGCACCGAAUGACUGACAAGGAUGACAUCAAGCUCAUGGUGUACACCAUCGAUGACCUCAUCGACAAGCUGACCACAAUGGCAUAACUGCCAGAACGACAAACAGCCAAAACUUCCCGAGAGAACCUGUUUCCUUAGUGCCUUUAUUUACUGCCUCAUUUUUUUUGUUUGUUUGUUUUUGUUUGUUUUACCUUUCAGUUUACACUUCGUUAUCAGAUUAGAGUCUGAUUAAAGCUGCUCUUUUUGACUGUAUUAUUCUCCUGGUUUAUUACCGCAGACUCCAGUGCCUUCUUUACCACAUCAUGUUAACCAAAUAAAUCUUGUUCUAGUCAUUGUGA